UCGAGUUACCAUUAGUAAUGGGGAUUUGGAACGCACUUUUGGUUGUGGCCUCCAUUGUAGUAGUUUUAACAGCUGGGAUAAAAAUUGUGACUUCAUCGAGUUGGUACAAAAAACGUUUUGCUCAAAGCCAAAACGAAUGGGUAAAUUUAACCAGAAGAGUUUUUGAUCCCCUGAAACGAAAGCUUUUCUCAGACCUUGAGCAGCACCUGAGAUCAAUGGAAGGCGAUGUUUUGGAAAUAGGGAUCGGUCCAGGUUCAAACUUCGAUUAUUAUCCCCAAGGUACCUCACUUAUCGCUGUUGACUCGAACCCACACGUCGAAGAAUCUCUCAAGAGAAACUUAGAGAAAGCUGGCAGAAAAAUUUACCUUAAAAAAUUUGUGGCUGCUUCGGCGGGGGACAUGAGUUGUAAGGGAGAAAUCGGUGUAGAAGACAAUUCUGUCGCCGCUGUUGUUUGUGCGAAGCUGUUGUGUAACCUCUCUGAUCUUCAGAUGAGGAAAACCAUCGCAGAAGUGAAGAGAGUUUUGAUACCUGGUGGCAGAUUUUAUUUUCUGGAGCAUGUUGCUGCUAAGCCAUGGACAUGCCAAUACUUUCUUCAACAUCUUGUCACCAAAUUGCGCAUAUGGCCUUCAUUGUAUGAUGGAUGCUGCUGUAAUCAAAACACUCUGUCCUACAUACACAAUGGUGGCUUCAAAUGGGUGCAGUCUGAAAAGAUCCAGGCAAAUUGUUCACAAGAAAUGUUUUCUACACCAAACAGUAUAUAUUCAAUAUGGCGAGCAAGAUUGAUCUUGUAUUUUGUGAAUAUAUGGUUAGUUGGCCUUGCAGAAAAGGGGCAAUUGUCUGAAGAGAAAAAAAAAUUGUGACAUAAACAAGUUGGAUUGUGAAUGAAUAUUCUGAAGGCUACUUUUGAAAGAAGAGGGAAUGAACGGUUGGAAGGACUAUAACAAGGAAGAAAGAAAAUAAGGAACGUUGAAUUUAACAUUAGAUUCUCGAGCUCUAUUUUAGUGGUAAGGAGUUUUAGCAGAACUCUUUAUUACUGCUUUCCUUUCCUUUUACGUGAUUGAUUGUGAAUAUUUCUCUGGAUUCAAUCCCACUUUGUGCCAAAUUAUCAGCAUAACAGUAAUUCCUCCUUCUCAAAACUGUAUUUGUCGUAGAAAAUUUGUUACUGUGGUACAUGUAAAAUUAAC